AUGGAACGCGUGAAAAGCAAGCGAACCACCCAGCGGGCUCUGCGUACACGUCUACGAACCGAAGCAAGACAAGUCACCGACUCUAACCAGCUCAGCCUUGCUGCUCUGCGGGUUUUGAGCGAUAGACUGAAGACUUGCAAUGACGGCCUGCAGAAGCUCAACGAGCAACUAGAGGCCUUUCUCACAGACGAACAGGCUGCAGAGGAUUUCGCUUCAGUAAGCGAAUACGAGGACAACGCAGCUGCGAGCUUGGCGCGGCUCCGCCAUCACAUGGAAUCGCUCCAAGCUCCAUGCCCACCGGCCCGAGAAAUCGAUCAACAAAACGAAGGCUUCCCACUUACUCCGAGCGCACAACCGAAUGGUCACGGCGAUCACGGAGGUCCAGGGCGGGUAGGUGCAAGACUUCCCAAACUAGAGCUUCCUUGUUUUGACGGAACCGUAUCCCAAUGGCAACCCUUUUGGGAUAUGUUUUGCCGUACUGUUAACGCAAACAACCAUUUGACCAACAUUGAUCGGUAUCACUACUUGAAGAUUCUGCAGAGUGGACCCGCAGAGAAAGCCAUUGCAGGAGUCCAGGUGAGCGAGGCAUCCUACUGCGUCACAAUCGAAAUUUUGAAAAAACGAUUUCGAAGCGUAAAAAUUAUCCAGCGAGCUUACCUUGCCAACCUCAUAACGCUGAAGCCAGUAAAGUCAUCUGGUGACGUGACUGAACUAGGGGAACUCCUGAACAGCGUACAGAUUAAUGUGAGAGGCCUAAAAGCGCUGGGUCUGGCGGAGCUGUCGUACGCAGCAAUGUUAUUAGAGGUUCUCACUAAAGGAAUCCCAAGUGACAUCGUUGUCGAAUAUUAUAAACGGCAGAGCUUCCAAGAGAACACAAGAGAAAAUCAGUCGUCAGAAGCAGAGCUUGAACAACUCUUAUGCUGUCUGCGUAUAGAAGUGGAAGCCCGCGAGAAAACUGGGCUCAUCGCACUCACGAAACGAAGUCUGCCUGACGACACACGAGGCUCCAUACAGCAGCCAUCUACCUUCAGGGACGGUGCUUCAUAA